CCGUUUCGUUAAAAUGUGUUAAUUUAAUACUUCGUUUACGUCUAUUUUAGACGUUUAAAAACAUUUCUUUUUUGGUUUUCUUAUCUUUCAAAAUUAAAUGGUGUUUAUAUUCGUCUAUUCGAAUCCAGGAUGCCUCCAAGACCAAUUGCUCCCGAAUAUUUUACGAAUGCUUUAUACACAAGUUCAUCAUUUUAUCCUCUUCCCAGUGCAAUGUCGUCGUGUCUAGGAUCAAAUUACGUGCCAACAUCAACAUUAUCAAUAUCAACAUCCUCACAAGAAUCUGAACAAAGUUCAGUAGAUGCAUUUUUAAAUGAGUUGUUGCAAUCCGUCAAUGUUGAUGAUGAUGCAAAUUCGUCACAUGCAUCAUCUGGAUCACCUGCACUCAAUUCACUACCAAACAAUAAUGCAACACAAAAACAACAAAAUGGUGGUAAUCGAUGUAAUAAUUGCCAUAGACAAAUUAUACAAUCACAUAAUGCGUCACCAAAUCAAGAACUGCAACAGCAACAUACCGGCCAAUCGUUAUGCGAGACAUGUAUGCAACAAUUAAAUGCAAAAGAUCGCAAAAAUGCCUCAAUUAUUAGCACAAGUAAACCAUACGAAAAUGGACAAAGAAUACGCAAUGGGAAUAAGAAUGGUAGUAAUGCAUCAUCACCGCCAAAUUUAGGCCUUUGCGAUAUUCAUUGUGAACCAAAAUUAUUGUAUUGUGAAACAUGCAUCGCGGGUUCUUGUGGUACAUGUGCCAUGAAUGAGCAUCGUGGACAUUCUUUAGCAUACAUACAAGAUGCUCUAGCUGGAGCACAAUCAGCAUGUUUGGCAUUAAUGGCUGAUGCACGGACAGGAGCACAAGCUGUUAAAGAGUCGUUAGAAUUAGGACAGCAAAUGGCUGAAGCUGUUGAAGCGCGAGCAAAUCGCGCAACAAGUGAAGUACGAUCCACAAUUCGACGUUUUGUUGCGGCAAUCGAAGAACGUCAACGAGAAUUAAUCGGUCGAAUUGAACGUGCGCGGCAGUUAAAAGGUCGAACAUUACUAGUACAAAUGGACGGUUUAAGAUUAGCACUAUCUCGAUUGGCUCGCACUACAGAUCUUCUAGGUGAAGCCUUAGAAAAUUCCGCACCAAUUGAAAUAUUAUUAAAAAAUGAAAAAGCUGCAGCUGAACUCCGAAAAUUACGUAACUUACAAGUAAAUUUAAUACCACGUGAAAAUGAUUUUAUCAUGUAUACCCCACCAGAACCGGGUUUAUUACGAGCUGUGGCUACAAUGGGUUGUGUACAAGCUAGUUCCGUAGCAGUAGCAUUAGGCUCAACAACAGACCAACAACAAUUAAUAUCGAAUUUACCCUCUUCAUCGCCAGCACCUAAAGGUCGCCCAAUAUUAGGGGCAAAUGAGCAUGUGGUUGUUCGACCACCAAAUCAAAAGAGCUCGACAAUUAUAUUUGGGGGUGAAGGUGAUCAAAUUGGUAAAUUAUGUCGCCCAUGGGGUAUUUGUUGUGAUCGUAGUGGCAAUAUAUUGAUUGCAGAUCGGAGUAAUAAUCGUAUACAAGUGUUUCGUCCAGAUGGUACAUUUUUAUUUAAGUUUGGAUCUCACGGAAAUCUACCUGGACAAUUAGAUCGCCCUGCUGGUAUAUGUUGCGACGCUUAUGGUAGAAUUGUUGUUGUUGAUAAAGAUAAUCAUCGUGUUCAAAUUUUCAUGUCUGACGGUACUUUCAUUUUAACUUUUGGAGAAAAGGGUUGUAAAAAUGGACAAUUUAAUUAUCCAUGGGAUGUAGCAUCUAAUUCACAAUCACAACUAGUUGUAGCUGAUACACGUAACCAUCGUAUACAAUUGUUUGGACCAGAUGGUACAUUUCUAUCAAAAUAUGGUUUCGAAGGUGCCAGUCCCAUGUGGAAGCAUUUUGAUUCACCGCGUGGUGUAUGCUUUAGUCCAGAUGGUCAAAUUAUUGUAACCGAUUUUAAUAAUCAUCGUCUAGUUGUUAUUGAUUCUGGAUUUAUACAAGCACGGUUUUUGGGUAGCGAAGGAACUGGUGAUCGUCAAUUUUUGCGACCACAAGGUGUAAUAUGUGAUGAUGAUGGUAACUUUAUUGUUGCCGAUUCACGGAAUAAUCGUAUACAAGUAUUUGAUCAUAAUGGUACCUUACUUUGGAAAGUUGGUACGGGUCCAGGAAGAGGUCCAAAUGAAAUAGAUAGACCAAGUGGUGUUUGCGUUACAUUAGGAGGUCGUAUUGCUGUGAUUGAUUUUGGUAAUCAUCGUGUUGUAAUUUUUUGAUUAAUGGUAAAAAAAAAGUUCGUUUUCUCAUAUUUCCCCCUAUUUUCAUCGACAGUC